UGAUAAACGAGAUGGCAAAUUGCGGAUCGCCUUGAAUCAAACAUCUUUGCCGCUGUCGCCGCCUCGAGUGCUUGUACACCGACACCGACCUGCACAGGAGUCUCAUAAGCCAUGGACGUCGCAUUGGAACUCCUCGACCCCCUUGUGUUCGACAAGGCGUACGCCUGGGCCCUGCCGCACCCUGGAGCCGGCCUCAGCAACGCGACAGAUGUCAACGGCCUUCUGGCUGCCAAUGGCGCGCCAACGUCUCUGUGGGAUCGCGACAACAUUUACCGCCAGAGCAUCUCAAUCCUCCUGAUCACGCAAUUCGGCGCAUCUGCGCUCUACUUCAUUUUCAGCGCACUCUCAUAUUACCUGAUCUUUGAUCGCCGUCUGGAGUACCACCCUAGAUUCCUCCAGAACCAAGUGCGCCAAGAGAUCAAGUCGUCCAUGACCGCUGUCCCGUUCAUCAACAUCCUGACUCUGCCCUGGUUCUUGGGCGAGGUUCGCGGCCACAGCUUGUUGUACGGUGAUGUGAAGAGCUACGGCUGGGGGUGGCUCGUUGUUUCGUCGCUUCUGUACAUGGCUUUCAACGACGUGGCCAUCUAUUGGAUCCACCGCCUCGAGCACCACCCGAGCGUUUACAAGUACAUCCACAAGCCACACCACAAGUGGAUUGUUCCCACGCCAUGGGCUGCGCUGGCGUUCCACCCUCUCGACGGCUACGUGCAGUCGCUACCGUACCACGCCUUCGUCUUCCUCUGUCCUAUGAACAGGUACCUCUACAUGGUCCUCUUCGUCGCCGUGCAGAUCUGGACCAUCUUCAUCCACGACGGCGACAUGAUCUCCGGCCACUGGACCGAGAAAUUCAUCAACAGCCCGGCCCACCACACGCUGCACCACAUGUACUUCACCGUCAACUACGGCCAGUACUUUACCUGGUGCGACAACUACUUCGACUCGCACCGGGCACCCAGGCCCGAGCUCGACCCUAUACACGACGCCCUCAAGGUCAUGCGCGCGAAGGGCCUUGUCGAUGAAGCAGGCAACCCAAUCGCGAAGCCGAAGAAGGAGUAAAGCUGCGUUGUUGUUUUGAAGCGUUAUUGUGUCGAUGUUGAUUGCAGAGCGGGCCUCGUUUGCAUUGGGGGCGUUUGAUAGACUUUAUGAUCGUCACGAUCAUUAUGCAUACUAGGUAGUUAAUGUUAAUAGUCAUAACCUAACAUGGAGGUAGUUCAGGCUCGCAAGCCUCAAGCUAAACACACUAGUCUUCAUCCG